AUGUUCACAAAUUGUAAUAAUAAUAAACUUGAUAUUAAUUUAAAUCAAAGAAGACCGAGUUCUGCCGUUGUUACUUCCGCUAAUUUUAGUGAUAUUUUAAUAUCUCCGAUACAACAACAAAAAUGGAGAAGAAAGGAAUCAGAACAAAUAAAUGAAGAAAAUAAAAGUGGAAAUUGUUCUUCACAAAUUCUGUUGGAAGAGAGUAAGGAAAAUAGUGAACUACAGCACAUACCAGAAUCAAAAAAAGAACCAGAAGAAAAUUCUGUUGAAAUAAAAAUUAAAACUUAUGAAAAAGAAAUAAAUACAAAACAAUUAAAAUUAACUCAACAAAACGGAAAUUUAAUUAAUUCUGAAAAAUCAAAAAAAGAAAAUAAUGAAGAGGAAAUUAUUAAACCUGAUGUUCGGCAAUUGAAUACUUUAAUUUUUACUUUAUAAUUUUUAUUUUUUUUUGUAUAUAUUUUUUGUAUGUAGAUAUAAAUAUUAAAAUUUUAUUUAUAGUUAAAAAAAAUAAUUUUGAUUAUUCCCUCAUUAUAAGCUAUGGGGAGUAUAUGGGAGUAUAUAUUAAUGGGAGAAUAGCUAUGGAGAUGAACACUAAGGAGUGUCUAAAAUCUGAUUAUAUU